UCGAUUCGCGGAAAAAUUCGGAAGCGGAAAAGUACGAUACGCAUUGCCAAAGGCGGAAGAAGAUUACGUCCAAGCAACCUUGUCUACCUAUCUCACCUCUUACAUAACCGAGAACUACAGCGAGAUGGCCAACAAAGUACUGAGGAAAGUGACGCACUGCAUCUUCGACAUGGACGGCCUGCUGCUGGACACCGAACGCCUCUAUACGGUGGCCACCGAAAUGAUCCUCGAGCCCUACGGCAAGCCAUAUCCCUUCGAGGUCAAGGAGCAGGCCAUGGGCCUGCAGACGGAGCCGCUGGCCCGGUUCAUGGUCGAGCACUACGAUCUGCCCAUCUCGUGGGAGGAGUACGCCCGCCAGCAGCGCGCCAACACCGAGAUCCUGAUGCGGAACGCCCAGUUGAUGCCAGGUGCCGAGCGACUGCUACGUCAUCUGCAUGCCAACAAGGUGCCCUUCUGUUUGGCCACCAGUUCCGGUGCAGAUAUGGUAGAGCUAAAGACCAAUGAACACAAGGAGCUAUUUAGCCUGUUCAACCACAAAGUGUGCGGCUCCACGGACAAGGAAGUGGUCAACGGCAAGCCGGCGCCCGACAUUUUCCUGGUGGCCGCCUCUAGGUUUGGUGUGCCCGCCAAUGCCUCCGACUGCCUGGUCUUCGAGGAUUCGCCGAAUGGCGUGACGGCGGCCAAUAGCGCUGGAAUGCAGGUGGUCAUGGUGCCCGAUCCGCGGCUGUCCAAGGAGAAGACCUCCCAUGCCACUCAAGUAAUCGGCUCCCUGGUGGACUUCAAGCCGGAGCAGUUCGGUCUGCCGCCGUUCACGGAUUGAGCUUAGAACGGAUGUACUUUUUGUAGCCGGGCGAUGCUAUUGCUGUAACUGGAAAUUUAUGUACCUACCAAGCAAAUGAUUUUAAGUGUAAUGUGUUACUUA